AUGUGGCGGCACACCAGUGGUACUGCAAGCAGUGUCACUGUCGUUGUUUACUUUGAGUACUGGAAGGAUGCACUAACUGCUUUGGAUGGCACCCAGUUUGUUUACGGGGAUGGCAAGAUGGUCAAAAUUGACUGGAUAGUUUUAUCUCGAGGGAAAGGUAACAAAAUUAAGCAUGUGUCUGCUUGGAGGUACUUUGAGAGCCGGGCCUGA